AUGAGGACCCACCUGACCAUAGACAUGAGGUCGGAAUGCAUCCAUGACCUGACGCACGAGUUCGGGUUCACAGCCUCGAGCAAUCACCUUCUUCUGCUCCCAGUAUCUGUCUAUGCAUGCACCCACUUCCUCCAAGUCACCUGGGAGGACAAGAUGGCGAAAGAAGACAUCCAUGAACCCGGAAGGAGGGGACACAAACCGGCGAAGGACUUCGACCUGCGUUCCCCGAGAAGACUGGGCAUGACUCAGUCCUCCCAUGACACCACCGACUGUAUCCUGCCAUCCCCCACCGGUUGUCGACACCUGCUCCAGCUCCAGCACCUGUUUCCACCAACACAGGCUGUCUCAGACUGCAUCAAGUCUCGCUUGGAGAACUGGGUCCCAAUGAGGGUCCAGAGGACAGCCAGCAUGGCAGCUGCAAGGAUGCUACUUGUUCCCAACCCAGAUCCAUGUGGUAAUGUUGAAUGCAAUUCCACCUCGAACCCUCCACCAUACCUCUUCAAAAAGGAGAUGAAAAAAGAUUUCACUUACAUCUUUGGGACAACUGUGUAUGUGUCUGGCUCCCACCUGAUGCAUGAAUUCAGGGAACUGCAGCAUUUCACUGCAUACAAAGUCCUCAUAACGGCAUGUCAUGAGCGUGACAAGAUGCACCCUGAAAUGCAGCUAUGCUCCCUCUCUGUCCUUGCUGUUGGCAAGACAAAGCCAAAGGGCAAGUCACUUCAUAAAUUCCAUAUUUGCUUGAUAAAUAAUCAUGAGAAAGCAGAUGAUGUGAGUUCCAAUUCCAUUGGGAUUCAUGUGACUUCCAAUCAGACUUAUGGGUCAAUCGUGAGGGUAGAAUGGACAACUCCAUCAAACCCUAAUGGAAUAAUCCUGGCCUACAACAUCAAGUAUCAGCGAAUUGGCAACACAAAUUUAAAACCAGACAUUGAGUGCAUUCCUCCAAGUGGCAAUGGAAUAGGGAAGGAGUAUUAUGAGCUGAAGCAUUUGAAGCCAGGAAAUUACAGUCUCCAGUUGCAAGCAGUCAGUUUGGCUGGAGUGGGAAAUUACACAGUGGAGGAGUACUUCUACAUCUAUAGCGAGGAGGAUGCUGGGGUUUCUGCUCGAGUACUUAGGGGAAUCCUUGGUACAGUGUCUGUUGUUAUCAUCAUCCUAGCCAUUGUCAUCCUCAGAAAUCGGCACAUUGUGAAAACGAGAGAAGGGGAACUUGUUGUUACCUGGAAUCCUCAAUAUGAGUGGCCACAAAGCUCUGAAGCUUCACCCCAAUUUGACAGUCAGUGUUUCCGAGUGACAACUUGCGACCUGUCACAAACACGUUAUGUUGGGAUAAUCGACUACGAUAGAAGUCUAAAAUAA